AUGAAUAUUUCUCAUCGAAUCCGCAGUGCCCUCACCAUGACUUCACUACAUUCCCCCUCCUCAAGCACUUCAUCCGAGGCCGAUGACAGUAAUCUACAUUCUCCUCCCACAACCCCCAACCCAGGUCGGGGCCGGACCUUGACAUCAGCCAGCUCAUGUAGCACCUCGAGUAUCAUAUCGCUGCCAGCCCUGCGCCUAAAAAAGACAUUUACCAAUCUUCGCGGUGCUAAACAGCGACGCAAAGACGAAAGAUAUCGAGAAGCUUUGGCAGAAUGGGCCGAAGCAGACGAGCGUGAAUGGCAGUAUCCCACAUGGGGUGGGCCAGCCAAAAAGAGCCGCAAGUUUUCAAGGGAACAGAGGGAUCUUUUAAGAAGUUGGGACUGGCAACAGUCGCCAACAAGAACCUCUCUAGAACUUCGGACACGCCGCUCGAGUAUUUUUGAUGACAAUAUCUCGCCCUGCACAUCACGACAAAACUCCCUCACCGGCCGGUCUUCAAGUCUCCAGGGCGUGUACACGACCGCUGGCCGGCACCAGAGCGUGAGCACAGCUUCUAGUCGAGAAAGAAGACCGUGUACCGUUUGUGGGAAUGAAUGA